GCACGAGCACCACUUGAAGUGACAACUGGCAGGCCCACGCUCAACUCACGUGGGCACAUGUACGUGGCACGCACGUGGCUCGAGCGAUGGACGACGGAGCAAGCAGGCGGAGUGGCUAUGGUACGGAUAGGGACACCAACUGGGCCGCCCAUCGAUUGCAAAAGAUGAUGAGAUGUCUUUGCCAGAGGACAGACGACUUGUAUGAGAAGAUUCAUUUUCUUCAGGAAAAGAGGCUUUCGCUGGCAGAUGGGAAGGUCCACCAUGAAGCUCAGUUUGUGGAGGAAUUGAAUGCACGGCUUAAGAACGCGCAGUUGGCAAUAGACAAUCAAAUAGUCUAUCUCCAAGUUGUGGCAGGGGCUAUUCAACAGGAGGCUGUGUACUAUGCAGAUCUCCUCAAUGGAAGGGAGCCUCCCCUAGAGGACACUGAAUGGCCCCAAAUAGGUUAGUUCCAUUAAAGGUUUGCACCCACAUCCCCUAAAUUUGUGCUUAAGGUUUUGCAUAUCCCACC